AUGUACCGUGGAUGCGGGGGCGAUACGAUUUUGAAGACUUCCACUCAGGCCACGCUGGAACAUCUCGAGGCGAGGCGCUUGGAGGAGGCAGAGAGGAAUACACCCGCCCAGCCGACGGCGAUCCUGUUGGUGCUGUGCGCCGUCCUCUUCCGCUGCGGAGACGCCAGGUCCCCCCAAUACGACUACGAUGCCAGACUCGCACGCCGAUCCUAUAACAGAAACAAUCCACGAAACAUAUACGCCAACAUAGGGAAUCCGUACAGCCAGGAACGCGACUACUCUCGCCAGGAACCCAGCGGUCCGCCUGUCUGGGCCAAGAAUCCGGAGCGAGACAUCUGGAUGAGAAAUUCCCAUGCUGUCGAGAAGGGAGAUGGAUCAGAUAGAAGAAAAUUCGCCCGGAGCGAUCCCGACGAUGCGUCGCGGAAACCGUCGGAGAUGCCAUGGAACUUCCCCGAAAAUGGGUUUCUUUCCGACGAUGCCUUCGACGUCGAGCCGGCUUUCGUCGACCGUCCACGGCCAAGCACGAACAGGGAGGGGAGGACCUUUUUUCUGAUCAAAUCGCUCGUAGAUAGAAUCAAGAGGCGCAUAUGCUCGUACUUUUCGCCCGACGAUUUAAACCCGUCUCGCUCAGCGGACUUCAAGGCGUACGGGAACUGGGAUGCGCAAGACCGUCGACAGCAGUACUCUUCUGACCACUCGUAUCGUUCGGGAAUAGAAAAUGAAUUGGUAGAGUUGCUGGAAGAUCUCAUAUCGGAUGAGGGUCUUCCCGAGGCUCUUCAAGACGAUCCAGGAUAUCCCUAUUCCGUCCGGACGGGGAAGAGGAAUCAACACUACUUCCGCGAGAGAUCCCACUAUUACUCGGAACCGUGGGAGUCAUUCCACUCCGAUCCCCAUGAGAAAUCGCUCGAGGAGUUCGAACCUCGCCACGAUGAUUACCUACCCGCGAGGAGUUUCUACGAGUCCGAGCUCGGGGUCAGGCAUCUCGCAUCUUCCGAUGAUCCCAUCGCCCCGGUUCUCGCCUCCCCUGCAAAUUCAUACGACCACUUUCGACGGGUUCGAUCCAUUUUCGGAAGAGAUGCCAAAGAGCACGCGCCUCUCCACUCAGGUCCGGGGUACGUAAAAUCCGAUGAGUUCGCCCGGAUUGCAAGGAGCGAGGAGGAGGAGGAGGAGGAAAAUGACUCCAACGUGGAAUGGCAGGACGACGAGGAAUCCCAAUGGGGUCCAAAAUCUGGUGCAGUAUCCCACAUGCCUGAAGUUCUAGCCAAGACUAAAACUGAAGAAGACGCCAGAAAUGAGGUUUGGCAGCCAAAAGGCGUCUAUCGGCACCCUCACGCUCGAGAACAACUCAAGAGUGGCUCUGUUCCUUUCAAGGCGUCACAUCUUGAAAGGGGCGUAAAAGAGAUGGCAUCUGGCAUGGAGAAUCCCUCUCGCGGAGAAGUGAGACCAAGUAGUACCAAAGAGGUUUCCUCAUCAAGCUUCAUUUCUCGGAGGCCAAGCGGCGCAGAAUACAUGGCCUUACAGAGCGAUCACCUCCUUGCUUUCUUCCAGGUGUCUGGGGAAGAAGAUUUGACCAGGGAACUCGUGGAGAUUGUGACUAACAUGGCGAACUGGGCCUCUAACGACAUCGUGGAGCAUAAGGGGCAGUUGUCUAAUGUCGGAUCCGAACUUGGGACCAAGGCUGCUUUUGUUCAUGCUGCAUCCGGCGGGCUAUAA